AUGUUGAGCUUAAAUCGUUUAUCUUUCAGAUCAAUUCCUGGAAAGAUCUACGCUGUUCGUUCGUUUUCAAUGAGUACUAGAACUUUCACUGCUGCUAGUAAAUUAAAACCUACUGACUUGAAUCAGAAUACCUUGGAAGCCAAGUAUGCUGUUAGAGGUAGAAUUCCAAUAAAGGCUGACGAGUUACACCAAAAAAUUUUGCUGGACCCUACUGACCAUGGACUUCCAUUUGAUAACAUUAUCAGUGCUAACAUUGGUAAUCCACAACAGCUUGAUCAGAAGCCAUUGACCUGGUACAGACAGGUGUUGUCUAUUCUUCAAUAUCCUAAGCUCUUGGACCACACAGAUGUGUUCCCUGAAGAUGUUAUCGCCCGAGCCAAGUACUUACUCGACCAUACUGGAUCUUUGGGGGCCUACUCUCAUUCUCAAGGUAAUUUGGGAAUCCGUAAGUCGGUGGCUAAGUUUAUCACUAAUAGAGAUGAUGGUCAUGUCGCUGACCCAAGUAACAUUUUCCUUACCCUGGGGGCUUCAGCUGCUGUCUCUUAUUUACUUCAAAUUCUCUCUAAGGAUACUAAGUCUGGAUUUUUAAUCCCAAUUCCACAAUAUCCUUUAUACACUGCUACCAUUGCCUUAAACAACUCCAAGCCUAUUGGAUACUUUUUGGAUGAAUCCCACCAUUGGUCCACCAAUCCUGAGCAAAUCAGAAGUCUCAUUAAAGAAAACCAAGCUGAAGGCGUAGACAUCAAGGCACUUGUCGUUAUCAACCCAGGUAACCCAACCGGCUCGAUUCUUUCUAGAGAUGAUAUAGUGGACUUGAUCGAUAUCGCUGCUGAAUAUGGAAUUGUCUUGAUUUCUGAUGAAGUUUACCAAGAAAAUGUAUUUGAAAGCGGCGGAGGAAAGUUUGUUUCCAUGAAAAAGGUUCUCUCCGAAUUGCUUCUUGAAAACGAAGCUAAAUACUCCAACGUUCAAUUAGCUUCUCUUCAUUCCACUUCAAAGGGUGUUUCUGGAGAAUGUGGGCAACGUGGUGGUUAUAUGGAACUUGUUGGAUUCGCUCCUGCCGUGAAAGACGUUAUUUUCAAGCUUGCAUCAAUCAACUUGUGUUCCGUAGUUUCCGGACAAGCUUUGAUGGAACUUAUGAUUAAUCCACCUCAACCUGGUUCUCCUUCUUAUGAGGUAUACCACGCAGAGACUUCCAAGAUUCACAAUGACUUACAAACUAGAUCCACUGCCUUGUAUGAAGCUUUCUCAGAAAUGACUGAUAUUUCAUGUAACAAACCUCAAGGUGCCAUGUAUCUCUUCCCAAAACUUAAUUUUACGAAGGCAACUUACCCAGAGCUUUUCUUAGAAGCAAACGAAUUUGAAGUACCAGUAGAUGAGUUGUACUGUAUGAAAUUAUUGGAAAGAACCGGAAUUUGUUGUGUCCCAGGAUCUGGUUUUGGCCAAGUUCCAGACACCUUCCACUUAAGAACUACAUUUUUACCUCCUGGUAAAGAGUGGGUUGACAGAUGGGCAAAGUUCCAUGAGGAAUUUGUUCAUGAAUACAAGAAAUAA